UAGCAAAACGGGCAGAAAUUCACCAAUGUUGUUAUUGUUUUUUAUAUAGCUCAUAAAACACCGGUUGCUCUAGUCGUAAUCGCAAGCCCACAAGAAACAGUAAUCCUUUGAAUGCGAAUGGAACAAUCAAUGGGUCGCAUACUCACCGUAGAAAGUUAUAUCGUGUUUCGCAAGAAAGUAGAAGCAACUGGCAGAGACUUUGAUCCCCGUGGGGAUUCAUCCGGACCGUGAAUUGACCAGUUUUAUCUGCUGCUAUCUAUAGUUUUAUCGUCAUCGCUACACAGCGGGAACGGAAACCGUUGUAAUCCGUGCUGGCAACAUAAUUUCCCGACGAUGUUACGCAAGCGACAUCGCGUAUAUGGAGUGUUGGUAGUGCCAACAGACGACCCCAUCGCCCGCAAACUUCUAAAUCAUGGUCGGGGAUCGACAUUAUAGAUAAAUCUAACCUCCCGUUAUCUUAUCGUAAAGCCGCUGGGCGUGCUGUAUUUAUUUCGGCAUCUAGCUCCCCACGUCCUUUUAUCCGAGCCCGAAAUGCCGAAAGGCUAAAAAAUUACCGCUAGCAAAUAGCACCGGCCCAGUAUGGUAUGGACUGCAGCCGACAGUGUUUGCUACCCGCGUGGAAAUGGAUACGGUGUUCGGUGCUCGUGCUUUAAAUGGGUCAGCGGUGGAGCAAAAGUGGAACUCACUGCUAGACGUAAUCGGUACGAAUAAUUCGGUGACGAUCCCGAUUUUCUCUAUACAUGGGGGUUAACGGUAUACGUGCAUUCAUUUUUCUGGCUCGUGGGUGGAUUGUUUGUGCUGAUGGAUAUCACAAACAGGCCAGCGUUUUUACGUAGAUACAAAACGCAACCCGGGAAAAAUGAACCCAUCGAUUGGAACGAUCUGCGCCGGGUGAUGAAGACGAUCUUGUUCAAUCAAACUGUCAUUGGUAUUCCGUUAACGUUUGCUGGCUAUCAUGGAACAAUCCGUGGUACCGUGCCAAACGUACGCACGCUACCCUCCGUGGGUGUGAUCUUGCGCGAUCUGGUGGUGUGUGUCAUCUUUGCUGAGAUUGGGUUUUACUACGUGCAUCGGUUCCUACACAUUAAGCCACUGUACAAGUUGGUUCACAAAAAGCACCACGAGUUUACGGCCCCGUUCGCUUGGACUGCUAUGUACUGCCAUCCGAUCGAGCACAUCAUCAGUAACAUGAUUCCGCCAAUGAUCGGCAUACAGCUUAUGAAGGCGCACAUCUUCACCACUGCCAUCUGGUUCCCGUUGGUUAUCUUCAACACGAUCAGGGAUCAUUGCGGAUACCAUUUGCCGUUCUUUCCCAGCUCCGAGUACCAUGAUUAUCACCACGCUAAAUUUACCGAGUGCUUCGGGACGUUCGGGUAUCUUGAUUGGUUACACGGGACGGAUACAAAAUUUCGCAAGUCAAAGCAACACCAGCGUCAUCGUACGCUUUGGGGUAUUAAAUCGGCUCGCGAAUUGUAUCCGGAUAGUUAAUUGAGCCACGUGUUUGCUAUAUGUUAGCGGAAAACCCAUGCUUCGUACCAAAAAACCAUCCACCGUGCUUUCAUCUGUCUCUGGUUGUUUCAUCUAGUGAUAAAAACAUGUAUUCAAUAAAUCCGUCUGUAAGCAAAUGUUGUUUAAAUGUUUCAU